UAAGGGCGAUUUGUUGCAGUGGACAUGUUAGUUUGGUGAUGGUUUUAAUGUGAGUGUUGAAUAGUAAAGACAAUGGAUUUGGAUCAGGUGGCCAGUCCACCGCUCCAAACGUGUUUAGAGCAAGCAGUGUGUGAUGGAGACCUGGAGGCUGUGCGAAAUCUGGUCACCCGGUCUUCCUGCUGCGUCAGUAACGUGACCAAUCGAAAUGAUUCCGGUGUGAUUGAUCCUAAUAAGAUAUUUGUGGCCAGCGUUAAAAGUGGGAAUGUUUGUAUUGUAGAAGAGGUAUUACAGUUACGGCCACCGCCGAGUGUGCGAUAUAUGGACGAUAAGGGACGACGGCUUCUUCAUUAUGCCGCCGAGACAGGGUCUUUAAGGGUCGUUCAAAAAUUACUGUCAAUGGGGUCGGUAGUGAACAUGAGCGACGUAGACGGCGUGACGCCGAUCAUGAUUGCAGCAUCUAAUGGUUACGCUGACAUUGUAGAAUUCCUGAUACAGCGCGGGGGACGACUGAACAGAGCGUGUCAGAGGAGAACUGGAGAGACAAUUCUCCACCUGGCUGCUCUGAAUGGACAUCUGGGUGUGGUCAGGAUACUGGUGGAGCACGGAGCAGAUAUAAACAGUCAGACCCCUGCAGAGAAAGGCGGGAUGACUGUCCUGCACAAGGCAGUGUUGGGUGGAAACACUGAGGUAGUCAAGUUCCUGGGCACUCAUGGCGCUAACCUUUUUAAGACCGAUGCCUUUGGACGCAGUGCUUUUCAUAUGGCAGCCCAUAAAGGCCAUGUCAACAUGGUGAAAGUGUUCGUGGAAAUCGGUAUAGACCUGGAAUUGAGGGAUGAGAAAAGUCGCACUGCUCUGUGUCAGGCAGUGCUAGGUCAGGCAAAGGAGGUUGUGGCUUACCUGCUGGACUGCGGAGUGGAUGUCGGCACAACAGACGACGAUGGCUACCAGCCACUGCACCACGCCGCAGCAGCUGACAGAGCAGAUAUCGGGGAGAUGUUGAUCAAGCAUGGUGCUGAGGUGGACCAUUCCAGUUUGACCCUUAGCACCCCGCUGAUGGAAGCCUGCCUGGCAGGGAGCCCGAGGGUGGUAGACAUGCUGCUGGUGCAUGGUGCAGAUGUUAACAAGGCUGAUGUCAAUAACCGUACAGCUUUACAUAAAGCACAGAUUUGUGCUAAGGAAAUGAAGAUAAAGGAAGAACUGAGUCUACAGCUAAUUGCUGGAGGGGCGAAGAUCAGCGUGCGGGAUAAUGACCGUUACACGCCCCUGCAUAACUUGGUCUUCCAGUGUGUUGUCAACUCCAGAGAGCACCUGGACGCUGUGAAGAUCUUUGUGAAGUAUGGGGCAGGCCUCAUUCCAGAGUUCUCAGAGCCCAGGGGUCAGGUUGACAUUUUUGCACCUGGAUUCACUCUGCAAAGCUUUGCUAACCACAGGAACUCCCCACUUUGCUGGCUGACAUGGAAUGGUUUCUAUGAGGCUGCCCGCUUUCUGGUUCUGGCAGGCUGGGAUCUGAGGAGAGAGAACUGGUUAGAUCUUCCUGGUAAAUCAGCUGAGCACUCAGAGUUCUUGGUGUGGUUAAGGACACAGGCAUCAAACCCUUGUUCCCUCACCUUGCUGUGCAGAAAUGCCAUCCGUUGUCACCUCCUGCUGUUGACAGACGGGCGGGAGAUCCUCUCGAAAGUCAGUCAACUGCCUGUUCCUCAAAGAAUUUUGACAUUCCUUAACCUAGAUGAUAUUUGAUAAUACUCUUAUUUUAUAUAAUGUAUUUAUGUGAUGGCAUGUAUCUGUUGUCUUGUUCUACAUGUUCUGGCUAGCUGUGAUGUCAUAUGUACUAUGCAUACCAAUCUGCAGAAAUUUACACAAUCUAUUUUCUUUACUGCCUUUUUCUUUUUGAGCUUUUGUUAAAGUUGUUUGUUAUACAUUUUUACAUUGGCACCGUUUACUAGGUAAUAUUUUAGUAUAAUUCCUUAUUUGGUACGCAGAUGUUCACAUAAAAGUGAAAUGUAAAUGUAAUUAAAGGCUCCAUUGAGGACAAGCUCCUUUAUAAUACCGGAGACGUGACACCCUGUUGUCAUUUGAAUAUCGUACUGGAGACGUGACACCCUGUUGUCAUCUGAAUAUCGUACUGGAGACGUGACACCGUGUUUUUAUCUGAAUAUCUUACUGGAGACGUGACACCCUGUUGCCAUUUGAAUAUCGUACUGGAGACGUGACACCCUGUUGUCAUUUGAAUAUCGUACUGGAGACGUGACACCCUGUUGUCAUUUGAAUAUCGUACUGGAGACGUAACACUCUGUUAUCUGAAUAUCGUACUUCUUUUAACAAAAACCACGGCAAAUUCCCUUCCUCAGCUGUGUAAACGUUCUCACUGUUUUCCAGAUUUGUAGUUGAAUCCAUCAGUUUUAUCUGAUUGGCAUUUAUGUCAGCGCAUUUAUGUCCACUUUUUGAUAUACUUUAAAUUCUUUGUUCCAAAUGACAGUUUUUUUAAAUAAUAAAACAUAUGA